AUGAUACCGGUGGAUGACGACGAGAAUCCGUGGAAAACUACCUACCCGUCGCUCGCAGUGCAGACCACGCGAACCAGUGGCGCACAAGCUUUAUACCAUGCGCUUCUGGCCCAGUCCGCAUACCACCUGGCUAACCUGAAAGGCGCGCAACAUGGUGCUCAGGAGAGAGCUAGUGCCAUUCGCCACUAUGGAAUCGCACUGCACCAGCUCCGUCAGAGCCUGGUCGAGCCAUCAAAGGACUACACCACGGUUCUGGCGGCUCUGUACACCAUCAUCUUGGCUGAACAUGUCUUUCAAGGUACGGCCUCGGGGUGGCAAGGUCACAUCCGUGGUGCCAGAGCGGUUGUCUGUAAUUACCUGGAUCAGAAGCCGUGGGGAAAAUCCCAAGAAGCAUACAUCGUCACACAGAAUUUCGCGCUCUCUGUGCUUAUUUCUGGCACUGUCGACGACAAGUUCCUCGUUACAAGAAGAGCUGACGGUGUUAACGAGCUCGAUGGGUUGUUGCAUGAUCUAAUGGCAACACCGGUAUUUGGCUAUACGAUAGGCGGUACUCCUCACAUAUUGAGAGCACUGUAUCAAACCCGACUUCUUGAAGCACGUAUCAAGGCAAAAGGUGACUCCAACCCCGCCGGGCCGCCUGACCUUGACGCAGACAUGUUUGGUCGGGUGGGCGAGAUCCUCCAGCUAUCCAAUUUACCGCUGGCGGACAAAGUGGACUCUUAUGUGGAACACCGCGAGCACAGCGGCGUGACUGUCCUCCCUCCCAUGCGGAAUUUGACUCUCCUCCACCUGCGGCUGUUCAAUACCGCAAUCAUCUCUACCUCUUUUGCGUCGUGCUUCGAUGUCCGCCUUCGUCGAUGGCUCAAGACGUGCUCCAGGUCCUUAAGGACGCCACGACCUUCAGUGAAAUGCACAACGGCACUGUGUCGGUGUGGCCAGUCUUCGUCGCAGCUGCAGAAGCUUAUACACCAGAGGCUCAAGCUCUGGCCAGGCAUUGUCUCGACAUGUCCCUAG